GGAAGUAUGUCAACGGGGCGACCCUGGUGGUGGACGGCGGCGGCUGGCUGUAUCGGCCGCGUGUCUUUGACAGGGAGGUCAUACAGGAGGUGUCUCGGGCGGUGGAGAGGCGAUCCAGGAAGGCUGCACCUGGUGCAGGCGCACCUGCUUCUGGAGGGCAACAAAGGAGCAAGCUUUGAGAAAUUGGAUGGUGGUCAGAGUUUAUCGCAGCAGUGCAGCAAAAGAAACCAUUCGUAGUCUAGGGACAGCCAUGACAUGACAUACUAUUACCGAAUGAUUGUUGGUGGAUUGUUUCUUGUGUAUGAUAUCUAGUAUGGUGAUAUAGUGUGUGAUGUGUCUAAGUAAUGAAAUUGACG